AUGGAAGUGAUUGGCAAAAAAAAAUCUGGUAAUGCUACUACGCCUCUUCCUAACCAAGUUGGUGUUGAUGGAGUGAGUCCUACGCCAGUCUCUAAGGCUGGACAUGAGGAUGCUGCUGACUCUAAUCCGAAACGAAAAGCACGAAUGAAUGACAGAGAACAUUCUGCAAAAUCUCUAAAAAACCUUAAAACACACGGUGGCUUCCGAUUUGAAGUUGCUGCCAUCCCAAUGAGCAUACUGAGCUGGAACUGGGGUUUGAAGAAAGAUUUGGGAUAUGAUGAGUGUGUUACGGUUGAGCUUGUUGGGUUAAGUGGAGGCUUGUCGAUGUUGUGGAAGAAUAGCUUGGUAGUUGAGGUUUUGAGUUUGGACAAACGAAUCAUUGAUAUGAGAGUUGAGAUGGGUCCGUUGGUGUUUUUUCUUUCUUGUGUAUAUGGAGAUCCGGUGAAGGCAAAAAGGAGAGAAGUGUGGGAUAGACUUACAAACAUUGGUCUCUCUCGAGAUGAUCCAUGGGUGUUGGUAGGAGAUUUUAAUGAGUUGAUGGGUAACUCGGAAAAGUUUGGAGGCGCGGUCAGAAAUGACUCAUCCUUCUGGGACUUUAGAAUUUUGGGACUUUAG